ACCUCAGCAUGAACACGAACACCUCCGCCAGCCAGGAGGCCCUCAGCCUCAAGGGGAAGCUCGCGGCACGGCUGAAGCCCGUCGCCGAGGCCGUGUGGAGCGCAGCCGAGGCGUUGCGCGACCUGCUGCAGUGGUGCCUGUCGUCGCCGCUGCAGCGGAUGCUCGGCGGCGACAGCCACAGCCCCGUCGACGAGGAGACCCGGCGCGACCGCAUGGUCCACGCAGUCUCCAGUUGGCUGGGAGACCCGGCUGAGCUCGAGAGUGCCGUCGUCUUCUUCAAGGGCGAUUUCGAGCAUAAGGUCGAGAACACCAUGCGGGCUAUUGGCGCGGCUGUCAAGAUCUGCCGCCGCCACUUCUCGGGGGGCGGCAUGCGGCGGCUCCUGGACCGGCUCCAGCUCUUCCGUUGGGGCGGCCGCUACGAGCUGGGGGACCCCUCCUUCGUCCAGGCGGCGCUCGGCACCUCGGUCUCCUUCACGGCGCACACGGCGAAGGUGAUGCCCAGCGUCAAUGGCGACUUGCGCGCCGUCCUGGACGUGGCCGCCUUCGGCAAGGAGCAGACGGCGGUGGAGCUCUCGUUGGACCCACUGGCGGAUUCGACCGGGAUCCACGUGCCACCGCCGAUGCUGAAGCUCUUCGGCUCCGCCGAGAUCCCGCUGACCACGGACAAGCGGAAGCUGCUGAAGCAGGUGGCCUUCGGCGUGGCCCGCAAGCUCCUGGGCGACAUCUUCCGCAGCGAGAGCCUGCAGAAGCUGGUCUGGGCCUCCGUGGAGAAGCGGGCGAUGCACCUCUUCGACCGCCUCGGCCCCGCGCUCGCAGACCCAGACCGCCUCAGCGAGCAGCCCGACCCCCUCGAGGGCGCGGGCUGGUCGCCCGACGGGGCCAACGGCCACGGGGCCGACCCCGCAGACCCGGCGGCGCGGCAGGACGGGCAGGAGAGCCUCGUCCAGACUGCCGCUGCCAGGGCGACGCGGGGCCGGCCGCUGUGGGCCACCCGCAGCCAGCGGCGGCUCGCAAGGGCCGCCGCAGGCGUACCGGCGCCGCGCACCAGCGCCGCGGGCCGCCAGCUGGAGAGGUUUGCCGGGAUCUUGGGCCAGGUUUCCGCGGUGGGGGAGCAGCUGCAGCAGAUAUGUCUGAGCAUGGCCGGCUUCGCGGACUUCUUCGACCGGCCGGGCGGGGAGGGCACCUCCAUUGUAGACCUGUGGCGCUACAUGCCACGGUUCGCAGAGCUCGUCGUCGCCGACGAGCAGCUGACGGAGCUCGUGGCACUCCUGGCGGGCCAUUUCAGCAAGGCCGAGUCCCUCUGCAGCACCUCUGCACUCGAGGCCGCAGCCACCCACGCCGACAAUGAGACUUCGGCCCUCGAUUCCCUCCUCAGCGGCGGAGAGGGGCAGAAGUUCAAGGCUUGUGCGCUCGAGCUGUUCCGGCGUGGCCGUGACCUCUUCCGGGAGGUCGCUUUGUUGUUGCCGGUGGCCAAGUCCACGGGUCAGGCCUACGAGGACGUCUUCGGCAACACGCACGCUCUGCUGGAUACCGACAACCCGCUCUCGAAUGUCGUAAAGCCUCUGGUGAAACAGCUGCGCGCUGUCCAGCGGGCCACCAGGCGGUUGGAGGAGGGCUUCGCCGAGACGGGCGGUGCCAGCCUACAGGCGGCAAGGGCGGGCCUGGUGCAGCUGCGAACCAGGGCGCUCGCCUCGGCGAUCACGUGGGUCGAAUGGGGCGCCUCUGUGGUCGCGCUGAUGAAACGCCAGAGCGGCGGCUUGCUGGGGCGUCUGGCGGACGUGAUCGAGGCGAUAGCUUUCCCCGCCUUGGGGGCCUUCGGCGACCGCACCGUGGCAGGCAUCACGCAGGGGAAGCUUAGGGAGGCCGUGAAGAUCGUGACAACGUUUCUGAGGGAUCUCGACGCUGCGGCCAGUCGAGCAGCCUCCGCCACGGGCUCCUCGGGCCAGCGGGAGUUCCUCAACCGGUGGAAGCUACUGGUGCAGAGCCACGACUGGGAGCAGAGCCUUCGCGACAUGAGCCGCGUGCUCCCCGCCAUCCCCGAAGAAACGGCAGGCUUGGAGCAGAUCCUGGCGCCGCCCGUGGAGAAGUCCGUCGCGGAGCUGCCCCUGGCCGUCCUCGGCCUGGUCACGGCCUGGCAGCGCGGCAUGGCCGCGUGGUUCCGUGUGGACGAAGCGCUCUUCGCGGCACUGCACCCGGACACGGGGGACGACGCCGAGGUCUAUCCGCCGUCCUCGCUGGUGGAGGGCGCCGGCGGCGGGCCCGAAGGAGGCGACGGCGGCGCCGAGGGCGGCGCGGGCCCGGCCUUCUCCAGGCUGGAGGAGCCCGACGCCGCCCCGGAGGUCCGCAUCGGGGCCAGCAGCGCCUGGCUGCGCGCGGUGCGCGAGCGGGCCGAGGCGCUGACAGACCGCGCGCCAGGGACCGAGUCGCCGCUGGGCUCCAUGGCCGUGGCCAUGCAGGACCUGUCGGGUGAGCUCAGCAGGAUCUAUUCGAGCUUCGCCGUGGACAAUCAGCAGGCGCUCUCCGCGCUCGUGUUCGUGGACCGCGCGAGCCGGGUCGUCGCCGAGGCUGGCGAGGCCGUCGUCAAGGCCGACACCCUCAUCAGGUGCGGCAUCCUGUUCGCCUGGAGCGCUGUUGAGCGCGUGGCCGCCGAGAUCAGUGCUGGUGUGGCGGCCGGCAGCCUGCCGGAGAAGUUGGAGCGCCUCACCAACCGCCUCGCAGGUUUCUUCGACGAGCUCGGCGACGACCAGUGCUUGCACCACAGCGUCCGCCAAAACCUCCCGGGAGGUGUGAAUCGCUGGCUUGAUGUGAUUUUGGAGACACCGUCGACUAUACAGGUAAUCCUCGGCACGAUCAAUCAGCUGGUCGCUUGGACGAUGGGUCAGGUGGAUGAGGACGGCGAUGGGAAGGAGAGCCGGAUGUUGCUCCCGAUGAUGAUGCGUAUCGCCCCGGGCACGUUGGCACACUAUCUGAGGAGCGUGGAGUCAGCUUUGCGCGGAGGCGAGAUGGCCGACGAUGGAAGAUCUGCUGGGAACACGGUGGUCCAGGCGCUGGGGUGGGUGUCGAGCAUGUUGAAGCUUGCAGAGCAGGUCGUCACUGUCUCGCAAGAGGAUGACCCUCACAAGUACAUGGUUGAUUUGGCCCACUCAAGCGUUGGCAUGCUGAUGCGAACCGUCGAGGGCCCUGCGAUCCAGUCCCUCGGCCGCGUGGUGCAGAGCUACCUGGAUAAGCUUCAUGAUGAUCCCGCUGCCGACCCUGCUGCUCUCCUCUGCGAGCAUCGGGAUGCCCUCUUCUUUCAUAUCGAGCAGCUCCUGGACAACAUGGUCCAGGUGGAGCAAAGCACGGCGGAGGACGGAGCCUGCUGCUGCGUCUCGGGCCCGUGCAAGUGGUGGCAGAAGGAGGCGCGGCACGUGGAGGGGACCGUCGACGGGAAGCCUUUCGAGUGGUGUUGCCAGACAACGGGUCCCAUGCACCGCCCGAGCGAGUGCCCAGCCACUGGUUAUCUACCAGCGUCCGAGCCAGGGGCCAGCGACAUGGCCGUGGACGGCGAGGAGGAAGAGCUCUGGGCGGUGGAGUGCAAGUGCAGCGCAGAGGCAGAGGACAGCGCCGACGCGGAUGGCGUCUACGCGCAGACUGGCGUCACACGCCAGCGCCUGGAAGGGCUGAAGCGUGAGGGCGGACCCCUCGGCGAGGCGGCCUGGGACUCGGGCGGCCGCUGGCGAGCCUGCGAACAUCUGCUGGGGGCCGGGGCGGAGUCGUGGGCCUGUGGCGGCCAAACCACGUGCCCUGCGCCGCAGCACCGCCGCUACUGCGCCGUGGGCCGGCAGCUGCCGCAUGUCACCGCCGAGAGCUCCGCCACAGCCCUCCCCAGCAUGGGAUGUCCUCAAGCGAGCUCCGCCUCCGCGGUUAACGACGAGCUUCGAGUGGCCAUAGGCAAAUUGCAGAAGAAGUUCCUCUCCAUCGGCCGCAGACUGGCCGAGAAGCUGCCCACGAGCGAGUGCACCACGAGCAACAUCAUGUCCAUGGCGACGAAGAAGGUGCAGUCGAUGCGUCGGACGUGGGAGAAGUUUGCGGCCUUGGACCUGGCCUCCCAGGUGAACGUCACUCUGGAGCACGCCCCGGAGCCGGUCCGCACCUUCGGCGGCUUCCUGGCGCGGGCGCUGCAGGCCCUGAUGGAGGCGCACAGGCCCCUGGCCGACACCCUCGCCAGCGAGUGCGAGGAUGCCACCAGGGCGUCCCGCUGCCUGCCCUCGGUGGCGGCUGCAGCGGGCGCCCUGCGCGCCAUCUCUGGCAGCCUGCGAGGUGCCGCCCGAGGCCUCCGCGAGGCCAAAGCUGCCCUGCCUGCCGCGCUGCCGCGCGCGAUGCGACCUCGCUACGGUUUCGAGGGCUCGCUCGCGUUCGACCACGGUGCAAAGACGGUGGAGGCGACGGCCAAUAUUCUCGUCAGCGCCUCAGGCUACGCAUACUGCUUGGGCAAUGUCACGGAGGUCCUGUCGUCAGUUCGCAGCGAGGGAGAGGCGCGUUCGACCCGGGUACGCAUCAUGGACUUCUCGUCGCGCCUCGCCGGAGCUGUGAACAAUUGUUUUAAAGGCGACACCGGGUUCGUGAAGGGCGACGUGCGGCAUUUCUUGGAGGGCCUCAAAGCCUUCUUCAGCGCGUCCACGAGCAUCGUGCAGAUAGUGGACCUGAACCAGCCGCCCAACCCUGAAAAGUUGACGUGGGGAUCUGAGGUACAAGAGGGCGAGACGAUCACCGUGGCCAGCGACAAGCUGCGCAUCGUCCGCAGAGGCGUGCCUGGCAAGACGGUCUCCUUGGAGAAGCAGUGUCAGCUGCCCGUCAAGGUGACCGCGCGGGUCGCAUGCGUCUCUGCCAGGGCUCUGAACCAGAGUGAGUGCCAAUCCGAGGGCUGCUGCUACUCGCCCCUUGAAGAAGGAUCCUGGGCGCCCUGGUGCUACCAGCCUCCGGUCGAGCACGACUUCGCUUACACGCUUGUGUCGCGGUCCUCUGGGGAGACGACGUGUUCCGCCGGAUGCUUCGGAGGGCACGGCGCUGGCGUGGCGGGCGCCACUUGUGCGGUCCUCGAGGAGGGAGGCGGCGGCGACGAGGGUGAGCUCGGCCAGUACGUGCUGCAGACGCUGUGGUCGCUGCCGAAGAGCUUGCUCCGAGCCCAGAAGAGCCUCGCGUUCGCGAUCUCCAGCUUUACGUCCGGCUUCUCUCGUACGCAGGGCGCGUUGGCUUCUGGGUUCCUCAUGCCUGCCCGCUGGCUGCUGACCCUGCUCUCCGAGAUGCAGAAGCAACUGCCGAGCUCACUUGCGCAGGAGCUGGCGCAGCAGCGGGGUGCUUCCCUCAACGUCCCCGUUGUCCCACCAGUCGGCUCCGCGGACUACGAGAUGACGGCGAGGAUGGUCGCAGACACCGUGCAGGCGCUGGGGUCGAAAGACGCGCUGACGGAGUUAGUUAACCCCUUGAUCGAGGCGUUCUUGCGCGGCAAAGGGAAGAAGUCGUCCUUCGGCAUCCUCCACAUAUCUCAGCUCGUUCGGGUUUUCACAGGCCCCUUUGUGGAUCUGCCCGUGCUCAAGAGCCCCGCUCCAUCGAAGGGUGUCCUGGAGCUGAUCGUGGACAUCUUGCAGCCUGGCGUGGAUCAAGGCGAGGUGCCCGGAUCUUGGGACCCGGGCACGUGGUACAUUUGUGAGAGCAUCGUCGAGGAUGUCCGACAGUCCUUGCAUGAGCUGCACGAGUCUUCAAGGCGAGGCCGCCAGAACGACAUGGCCUUCUGGUUCUCCACGCUUGAGCUGCAGCUGGCUCGCGUCAUCGCGGACGAUCCACUUAUGGCGGCGACGGCGACUCCAAGCUACAUGGCGGAGGCGUUGCCAGCCCUGCGCGGCGCCGACCCCGACGAGAUCGUGGCCUGGAUAGACAAGCUGCACUGGUGGCUGAGAGGAGUGGCCCGCAUCUCCAAGAAGUUUGUUGCCACGUCGACGGCGGGCGGCUCUGGUGCCCGGUGGUCCCUGGAGGACAUGCGCGGGGCGGAGCGGCUGCGGGCCGCGCUGGCGGCCCUGCACGGCGCCAUCGCGGGCGCCCCGCCCCUCCCGCUGCCGCCGGCGGGCGAGGGCGGCGGGUCGCAGUGGCGCGCCGUGCGCGUGGCGGCGGCCUGGCUGCACGAGAGCACCGCUCAGCUGGCGGAGGUGGCCGACAUAGGCAGCAGCAUGGUGGCCUGUGGCCUGCUCUCCCUCGACCUGCCAGAGUGCAUGGACCACGACCACCCCGACCACGGCGACGGGGAGGACGCCGCCGACGAUGAGCUCGACAAUUUCCACAUCCUUCGCGACGUGUCCAUCAACACGGCCCGCCGCUUGGCCGCCCUGGCCAGCCCUCUGGCCAACGCCGCCCAGCAGGUGGGCCAGCUGCCCAAGCUCUUGCCCGAGCAGUCCGGGACCAACGCCAUCAGGGCCCUCCUGCACACGCUGGAGGGCAUGAAGGCGCAGGUCGUGCUGGUGCUGCAGGCCGUGGGCGCCUCUUACGACUCGUCGAGCGCUCUCAUGGUGCAGGUCGGCAGCGCGGUGGUCCACCUGUCCGGCGUGGGGCACAAGCUCCAGCUCGUUGCCACGACCUUGAGCAUGUGGCAGGCGAGCACCGCCGCCCAGCUCGAGUGGCGAAGCGGGUGCCAGCCCGAGAUGUCGCCGCCAGUGCAGGGCACCGACAUCAGCCUCGAGGGGGACCUCCGCGAGGGGAAGAGGCCGGUCUGGAGCCGUUGCGGGGAGAGCCGCGGGGACCCCCAGGACGUGCAUUACGCUCCGCUCAUUGGCAUCACGGACAGGCAGCUGAUCAAGAUCAGUUUGGGCCCUUUCUUGAUCUACGGAGUCCCCGUCAACAUGGCUCUCGGGUUGACGGCGAGCUUGGAGCUGGCUUAUGAGCAGGCCAGGUGUGGCGCCAGCGAGAAUGCCACGUUGCCUGGGCACGACAACUUCUCUUCCUUGGCUGUCGGCAUUACUGGCAGCCUCAAGGCCGUGGUCUCCUCCAGCAUAGGUCCCGCGUACAUUCACGUCGGUGCCUCCGUCUCGCUCUCCCUGGUUGAGCUGGCCGUGCCCCUGCGGCUGGACAUCAGCCCUGCCGCUGGCGCCGGCUGCGCCAGCGUGGAACCGCUCUUCUCCACGCCGAGCCUCUCCCUCCGAGCCUACAUCCGCGUCCUGUUCCGCUACCAGUGGCCGGUCAUGAGCCUGCCGAACUCUGUGCUGCGGAUGCCCGGGCACUGCUCCGCCUCGGACCCGAGCCGCUUCGACUGCUGCCCGCCCGUCCUGCCGCAGCCACCGCUGCAGCCCGCGAGGGUCGAGCAGCGCCGCGUGGCGGACCCCGUGUACGCGCCCGUCAACCUCGCGACAUGCAGCCCGUGCUACCUGAAAGAGACACGCGUGUCAGAGGAAUGGGACGACGAAGACUCUCCCAGCAUGAAGAAGUACUACCAUUGGCACUGCCCCGCCCCGCCCUACAGAACUUCUGCCCUCGCGGGUCUGAAUUUGGACUUGCUGGAUGCAGUGAUCGACCACCCCGAGGUACAGGGCUCCCACAGGCCGAAGUCGGUGGUCCAGACACAUUUCAGAAAGAGGCACGACUACGGCCUUUUCGCCCUCUGCGACGAGCGCGUCUCCUGGCACCCCCGCAGCGAGGGCCUGCCCUCCAGCCCACUGGUGCAUCAGGCCUCGGGAACCUGCGUCACGGCGGAGCGGCCCGAGAACCAGGGGAAGUACGGGAAGGUCUCGUUCCAGCCCUGCCAGAGCACCGCUGGUCAGCGCUUCGUGGCGACGGAGGUACCGUCGCAAAGCAGCAGGUACGUGCGGCUCAAGGUCGACGGCAUGUGUCUGCAGAGGCUGUGGAUCCAGGGGGGCAGCUGGCUCUUCGGGAUUGGCGCGACGCCCGACCGGACAGAGCUGCGAGCGGCGGAUUGCGCCGACGACGAGACAGCCCAGUGGUUCGAUAAGCCUGCGGAGGACGGCACCCUUCUUCUCCAGAACAACAACAUGUGCCCCCACAGGUCGGCCAUCGGGAUGCAGAUUGCCAUGGGAGAGGGGGGAUGCGUCUCAACGCCCUCACGUGGGGGUGGAGGCGAGUUCUUGCUCGAGGCCCCUCACGUGACCCCGAGUGGGCAAGUGGCGCACUACUCUGCAUUGAUCGCCGCUCUGCCGAAGGCGGCCUUAGCUGGCGACGAGCAAUCGCACAAGGCAUGGCAGUGGCUCUCCGUGGUGGUACUUCCCGACAGCUCGCACGCGGCGCUCCCAGUGGCCCAUGACGUCCCGUCGCCAGGAGCCCGGAAGGCGAUCCGCGCCAUCUACGACCUCCACGUCGCCAAGACCCAAGCGAACUUGGGGGCGGGCGAGGUUCAUCCUGCGCUGCUCCCUUCCGAGACCACACUCACAGGUGGCGGCACGCAGAAUUGGCUGGUGCAGCCGCCUCGGAGCGCGUGGCCGCCUGUCCCGACGCAGCUCUACGAGGCGCGCCUCUCCGCCUCUGCGGACGACGGCGUGGCAGAACUGCAGCUGCAGCGGCGCACGCCCAGGCACCUGACGGGGCUGCUGGAGGGCAGGGUCAUGAUGCGCCCGAACCGCCUCAACCGCACCGUCCUCUCGACUGGGACGUGCACGGCGUGCAAGUGGAAAAAUAACAUCGCAUAUUCCCGUGGAGCUCGGCCGAGGUCUUCUGCCCCGUGCACGGCCGACGGCGCCUCCUCACCACGGCCGCGGGGGCGGGGCUCCGCCCGGCGCUCCUGUCCUCCGGGAUCAGCGGGUGCGCCGACGCGCUGGGCUUGGGGCCCUUGA